AUGGUUUUCGUGCAGAUUCCCAUCAUAAGCCAGCUGCACGCGCUUCCCCAGGCUCUGUUGAUUGGCAUUGAAGUUGGCCUUUCCGUCGCGACAGUUGCUCUCAUGGGGUAUUGCGGCUUGGCAGACCCAGGCCAGGCCCAAAGCGGCCUUGACUUGGAGCAGGGCCACGUUCCACCCCGGGCCCACAAGUCAUGGUUGUACACUCGGGAAAUCCGCCGGUACGACCACUACUGUAAGUGGGUCAAAAACGUAAUCGGACUGCUAAAUCACAGAGAGUUCGUCGUCAUGCUGAUUGGCCUGACCUCAAGCGGUGUGCUCGGCCUUGCCGUGGAUACCUACCUGGCACUAGUCAUGGCUUUCAAGGUCCCGUGGCAAACGUGCAUGAUCUUGUUGCACCUUGCUUUCUGCAUUGCCCUCUUGGCAAUCGAGGUGCCCAUGCUUCAGAUUCACAUCGGCCUGAUCUCAAGGAACGAGCUGGCCUAUGAAUGGGUCAGCAAAAUCAAUUACGUAGCCUUCAACACAACCCAGGGCGACGGCAUUCCUGUCGGCGUUCUAGACGUCGAAGAGUACAAUGAGCUUUUCGAUGAGUUCGUGUACGACAGGGAGAGGAACCCAUGGGACCAUGGGCGCUCUGUUAACUGCUGGAAUUUUUGGUGCUGGCCGCGCUGGCCAGCUGAUGAGACGGGUGAGUUUUAG